GCGGCCGGGCAGUGGGGCGGGUGUGGUUUUCGUCGCUGUGUGCGGCGGGCGUCGGAGGCAGCGGGAAGCAGUGCGGGGCUGCGGGGCUGCGGGGCCUCGCCAGGACCGCAGCUGCGUCAGUUGGGCCCCCCGCCCCGGCCACCGGCCCGGAGAGAUCAAAAAGGAGGCCGGGGGGGAUCCGCCCCCGGCCGGCCGCAGUCAUGAAUUCCAACGUGGAAAACCUGCCCCCUCAUAUCAUCCGUCUGGUGUACAAAGAGGUAACUACACUGACUGCGGACCCACCUGAUGGCAUCAAGGUUUUUCCCAAUGAGGAGGACCUCACCGACCUACAGGUCACCAUCGAAGGCCCUGAGGGGACUCCAUACGCUGGAGGUCUGUUCCGCAUGAAACUCUUGCUAGGGAAGGACUUCCCUGCCUCUCCACCCAAGGGCUACUUCUUGACCAAGAUCUUCCACCCGAAUGUGGGUGCCAACGGCGAGAUCUGCGUCAACGUACUCAAGAGGGAUUGGACAGCUGAGCUGGGCAUCCGACAUGUGCUACUGACCAUCAAGUGCCUGCUGAUCCACCCCAACCCUGAGUCAGCACUCAACGAGGAGGCAGGCCGCCUGCUCCUGGAGAACUAUGAGGAGUAUGCAGCUCGUGCCCGCCUGCUCACAGAGAUCCAUGGAGGUGCAGGGCCCAGCAGUGGCAGGGCCCUGGCUGGUGGCACUGCGGCCUCCUCCACUGACCCAGCAGCCCCUGGGGGUCUAGGAGGGGCUGAGGGUCCCAUGGCCAAGAAGCAUGCAGGUGAGCGCGAUAAGAAGCUGGCAGCCAAGAAAAAGACAGACAAGAAGCGGGCACUGCGGCGGCUGUAGUGGGGCUCUCCCUCCUCUUACCCCACCCCACCAUCCCCUCCUGUCCCCGUCUCCCAACCCUGUCUCUAAGUUAUUUAAAUUAUGGUGGGGGAGGGCAUGGGGGGGCACUGGGACCUGGAUUUGUUUUUCUAAAUAAAGUUGGAAAAGCA